GUACAGCGGAUAUGUGUGAACUUGCCCGAAAUAGUGUUCUCAUGAGUGGCUUCCCAGAUGAGAUGAAGAAUUACUGGCUUGGACGUAAUUGGCGACACGAGGGGGCCGCUGGCAAUGACAUAACCCGCACAAAUGUUCCUGGAAUACGAGUUGUUUUCCGCCAUGAAACCUUAAUAGAGGAACUAUCUACAAUCUGCAGCGCAGCGCGUGCAAGAUGCAUGGCCACUGAGUCAACUUAGAUUUCUUGUAUGAGUGUUACACCAUGGGCACAAACUGCACCGAAUGUUGUACGUCGCAGUAUGUGUCUGGUUUUAGUAACAAACGGUCUUAAAUACUACCGUAUUCAUAUAGAGAAAAUAUUAUUAACAAAGUCUACCAGUAUUAAACAAAC